UGACAUAAAAAGGACACAGAUCUCCCCUUUUCUGAAUUCAAAAUUACAAUUCCCACCUCUGUCCUCCUCUUUCCCCAUCAAAUUUGUUUCCUACCCUGGAGGUAUACCGUUCUCUUCUUUUGGGCUAUCCUCUUCUAUCUUCCUAUACUACCUUUUAUAUACCUAUUCGGUGUUAGCCUUUUGAGCCACAACUGCAAAUACGGUCGUACGAAUACAGUCUUACCGCUCCCUCCCACAUACUCUCCACCAUGGGUGUCGAGACUUCUGCCCAGCAUGGGGAGAUGAUCAGCCCAGCUGGCGCUCCCCAAUACUCCAGCCAAGAGUCUGUGGCUGUUAACAAGCCUAUGGAUGUUGGUGUUGACACUCCCGUUCCCCGCAUUACCCUGCGGGCCUUUGUCAUGGGUGCCUUCGUUUCUAUGGGUGGUCUUCUCUUCGGAUAUGAUACCGGUCAGAUCUCUGGUUUCCAAGAGAUGGGGAACUAUCUUGAACGCUAUGGUCAACUGAACGACGAGGGUAAAUAUUACUUCAGCCAUGUUCGCUCCGGUCUCAUUGUUAGUCUGUUGUCUAUCGGUACCUUGAUUGGUGCUCUGGUUGCUGCUCCUAUUGCCGAUAAGCUUGGUCGUAAAUGGUCUAUUACUUUCUGGUGUAUCAUCCUGAAUGUCGGCUUGAUUGUUCAAAUCUCUUCCCCUGCCGGUAAUUGGGUUCAGAUGGUCCUGGGCCGUUGGGUGACUGGUCUUGGCGUCGGUGGUUGCUCUCUGCUCGUCCCCAUGUACCAGGGUGAGAGUGCUCCUCGCCAGGUCCGUGGUGCCAUGAUCAGUUGCUACCAGCUCUUUGUCACUCUCGGUAUCUUCCUUUCUUACUGCAUUAACUUGGGAACUGAGCACCUCGAUGGCACUGCGCAAUGGCGGAUUACCUUGGGUCUUACCUUCUUCUUUGCUCUCAUUCUCGGUGGUGGCAUGGCUUGCUUCCCUGAGAGCCCCCGUUUCGAGUUCCGUCACGGUCGUGUCGACAGUGCUCGUAACACCAUGUCGAAGCUCUAUGGUGUUCCCGAGAACCACCGCGUUAUCCUCCAGGAGAUCGAGGAGAUCCAGCAGCAACUCGACGCCGAAUCCCAAGAGCAGGUGUGGCACGAGUUCAUCACUGCUCCCCGCAUGUUGUACCGUAUUGCCCUGGGUAUGGUUCUGCAGUCUUUGCAACAGCUGACUGGUGCCAACUACUUCUUCUAUUAUGGUACCACUAUCUUCCAAGGUGCCGGUAUCUCCAACAGCUUCGUCACACAAGUUAUUCUCGGUGCUAUCAACUUCGGUACCACCUUUGGUGGUCUAUACAUUGUUGAGAACUUCGGUCGUCGCAAGUCUCUCAUCGCCGGUGCUGGUUUCAUGUUCGUUUGUUUCAUAAUCUUCGCUUCUAUUGGUCACUUCAUGUUGGACGUCGCCCACCCCGAAAACACUCCCGGACCUGGCAAGGGUAUGAUUGUUGUCGCUUGUUUCUUUAUCACCGCGUACGCCAUGACCUGGGGUCCCAUGAUCUGGGCUAUCUGCGCCGAAUUGUUCCCUUCCAAGUACCGUGCCAAGGGUAUGGCUCUGGCCACCGCAUCGAACUGGUGCUGGAAUUUCCUCAUCGGUUUCUUCACUCCCUUCAUUACCGGUGCAAUUGACUUUGCCUACGGAUACGUCUUUGCUGGAUGCUUGGCCGUCGCUGCCUUCGUCGUCUACUUCUUCGUCAUCGAGGGUAAGGGCCGGACUCUUGAGGAGCUCGACUGGAUGUACGUCAACAAGGUCACUCCCUGGAAGAGCAGCAACUUUGAGAUGCCUUCUCUUCGCGACCAGCAGUACAGCGCCCAACAUGGACGCAAGGAGUCUCGCUCUUAUCACGCCGAGAACGCAUAAAAAGGGGUUUGGGUGGUCUUGCAUUUGGAGUUGGUUAUUUGCACUUUUCUUGUGGAUACUCUUCUCGUAUAUAUGGGAUUAUGGGUUACAUGAUUUAUAUCCAUUUGCUUUAACUUGUUAUAUAUCCUUCGGGCCUUCUUAUAAGGCUUUGUACAAUUCAAAGAUUCUUUAUUUCAAUUCUUUCAAUUCUUUUUCCAUCAAUAUCU